AUGUUCCUUUUUCUCAUUUAUAUACUGCAUCUAAUCCUCCCAUCCAUAUGCCAAGCCGCUCACGUCGUGGUAAAUUGUACCUGGCCAUGUGCAGAUAGUUCUCAAGUGUGCGUUGUUUCUUCAACAUCUAUUGAAUGUCGUCCUCAACACAACUCACAAUGGGUACUUAAGCAACCGAACCAGUCGCCUGUCUUUGUGGGUGAAAUAGCACGUUGGCACACGCCCUGUGUCACAUCUCCGAAUCCGACAUUACACUACCUUUCAGAGGACACAGCUCACAUUAAAGACAACCAAACUAUUAUCCCAUGGCCUCCAGCCGAUACCGAUCGACCUCUUGAUUCACAUCUCAGCGAUUGUGAACCAUCUACCUUUUGCGAUUUGGAUACAGGCAUUUGCGUUGAUAGGCUUGAAGAAGACGCUACUUGCGACUCGACGAAUCAGUGCAACAACUCGUUAUUGUGCAUCCAAAACAAGUGCACCAACGUAUCGUUAGAUGGCAACGAGGAUGAUCCACCAUCCAACGGCACCAACAAGGUGCACAUUGCCAUCAUUGUUGUUGUUGUGGUAGUCGCCGUUUUGGCCAUUGUAUCCAUUGCUGGUAUUGUCUAUUAUCGUCGCAAAGUGCGGAUGCUCAAGAGCAAAGGUGAUCCAGGCGAUCCAUUUUCUAAUACAAUUACCAUGCAACCCAUACCAUCACAACAACAUCAGCAUCAACAACAGCAACACCCAUCUUCCUCUGCUGUUGUUCGAAACACAUCUUCAGCAUCAUCAUCGUCAGCUGCCACGUCCUCUUCAGCGACAUCACCUCCUACAGCACCUGCACCUGCUAUGAUCAUGGAACCCACACCCACGAUGCAACAACAGCAUCUCCAUUAUCAACUCCAACGUCAACAUGGCACCAAUGACAUGACCGUUCCUCCCCCACCUUAUUCCCCUUGA